CAUGUCCUGCGACCCCUUCCUCCUCCCUCUUCCUCUCCUCCUCCUCUUCUUAUAGACCAACCCCCCCUUUGGCUUUGGCACUCGCCUGCCUUCAUGUGUGCUUUCUCUAACCGUUCGAGAGAUAUGGCGGUGGAGCUGAUGAUGGGCUACGGCGGCGACGGCGGCGGCGGCUUCGCGGUCAAGAAGGAGGAGACCGCCCUGCGCGAGGCCGCCUCCGCCGGCAUACAGAGCGUCGAGAACCUCAUAAAGAUGCUGUCUUCGUCGUCGUCGUCCUCCCCCUCCCCCUCCGGCGGCGGCGGCGGCCGUCGGGAGGCCGGGCAGGGCUCGUCGUCGCCGUCGCCGUCCUCCUCCGGGGGCCCGGGCCCGGGCCCGAGCCCCGCCGUGGACAUCGAGGCCGCCACGGACGCCGCCGUCAACAAGUUCAGGAAGGUCAUCUCGCUGCUCGACAGGGCGAGGACCGGCCACGCCCGCUUCCGGAGGGCUCCCGUCGCUCCGCUCCCCGAGAACCGGGAAGCGCUGAAUCCGGUCCGGCCGGCGGAGAACCCGGUCGGGAGCGCCCGGUUGCAGGGCGCCGAACCGGGGUCGGCUUUCAAGGUCUACUGCCCGACGCCGAUCCAGCGGCUGCCUCCCCUGCCUCACAACCACCACCACCACCACCACCAGGUCCAACAGAACCCGAUUCUGGCGGCUCCGAAGGUGGAGCGAAAGGAGUCCGCGAUGCCGACGACUAUAAAUUUCUCGGCCUCGCCGCCGAUCUCGGCUGCGAACUCGUUCCUGUCGUCGCUGACUGGGGAGACGGACAGUGUGCAGAGAUCCUUCUCUUCCGCGGGGUUCCAGAUGACGCACCAUCUCUCGCAGGUUUCGUCGGCGGACAAGCCUCCCCUGUCGUACUCACUGAAGAGGAAGUGCAGUUCCAUGGACGACGCUGCCCUGAAGUGCGCGUCGUCCUCCGGCAAGUGCCAUUGCUCGAAGAAGAGGAAAUCGAGGUUGAAGAGAGUGGUUAGAGUCGCCGCGAUCAGUUCGAAAAUGGCGGACAUCCCACCAGAUGAUUUCUCGUGGAGGAAGUACGGGCAGAAGCCCAUCAAAGGCUCUCCUCACCCGAGGGGCUAUUACAAGUGCAGCAGCGUGAGGGGAUGCCCGGCGAGGAAGCACGUGGAGCGAGCCCUGGACGACCCGGGCAUGCUCGUCGUGACCUACGAGGGCGAGCACAACCACUCCCAGCCCGUCGCCGCCGACGUGAAGGCGCCCUUGGUCCUCGAAUCUUCCUAAAGCCCCGCACCCCCCUCCUCUCUCCCCUCCUCUCCGAUCCAAACCCGACCCGGGGGGGUCCACGGCGAUUGAUUGGACGUGAAGGAAGCGACACCACCAAGGAAAAUACUUGCUUUAGAGCGAAGGGUGGGGGGGGGGGGGGCUCAAAUUGUCAACGCGAAGAUGCCUUGGCUCUGUUCUCGAGGAAGGGGUCUGCGGGGGAGGAGGAAAUUGGAUUCCUUUGUCUUCGGGUCCUUUUGUUUACUACUGCUUUGGCCCCUGGCCACCCCCUCUUUUUUAAAUUUAUUUCUCGUGACUUCUGGUACUAAAGAAAGACCUUAAGUGAUUAAGGAAGGGGCAAAAGAAAGGGAAUGAAAAAGGAGAAGGAGAGAGAGAAUAUGGGGACUGUAGAUUUGGUGGGGAGUGAGUCAUCCGACUAGUGCAAGGGAUUUUCAUUUAAUGUUUCAAAGUAUUAUUUUUUUUUAGCAAAUCUUAGAUUAUAUUAAUCGAAUGGAGUUUUGCUGCUA